AACAUAUGUGGCCCUGUGGAUGGUUGCGGUUCUGUUGGGGAUUCCCAAGCUGCUGGCUGUGAACUUGAAAGCGGUGUAGCAUCUAGACCUGUCCAGAUAAGCCAGUCACUGGAUCUUUCUUCAGAUUUCAUCUCCCUUAUCUACCAUGGAGCCAUUCAUGAAGAGACUGGUCAAGGGGAUACGUUUACAAUAAACUUUGUGUGCAAUGAUGAUUUCUAUCCUGGUGAACUCAUCUUUUCAAGAGAGGAAAUAAACUCUCAAACUCACCUCUACCAUACAUUUUUUGAUUUUAAAACGGCAAUGGCUUGCUCUCCUUCUCUAGUGGAUUGUCAAGUUACAGAUACCGCAGGAAAUGAAUAUGAUUUAAGUGACCUUAGUCAGGAUGAUGAACCUUGGAUAGCUAUAGAUACAUCUGAUAGUGCA